AUGGAUCCCGGCACCGCACUGAUCAAUUGGCAGCACGCCUUUGAAAACCAUCGCAUCCCACAAACCAGGGUGAUUGAAAAGCAGUUGCGAUCGAGUGCCGCACAAAACAAGGAUAAGCUCAGGGCUCUUGUUGGUGGCAGCUAUCGCGAGCUUUUGGCAACUGCUGAGGCAAUUGUCAUCUUAGAUGCCCAGACGAGGUCCGCAGAGGACAACCUCUUGUCAAUCAGUCACAAUUGCAGACCACCUCAGCAAGAUGCCUCUCCCCGGGCACCGCCAGCCGACAAAGUGGCCCUCGCCCAGUUUCGCCUCCUGCAACGAUGCUGUACGACUGCGGCGUCGUCUCUUCGUGACCGGCAUAUAUUGCGAUGUGCUCAACUUAUGGUUGUCUCGAGGCUAUUGUUGAAGUCACUCGGCGACCAGGACACAUUGACCAGAAGCCUCGACUCCCUGAGGAACAAGCUAGGUGCAGUUCGGCGGCAACUGCUUCUGCGAGUAGAAGCUAGAUUGGUCGACCCUACCUCAGCGUUGUCGGAUCUUCUCGAGUCAAUAUGUUCUUACUGCUUGGUCACCAGCAGCUCUUCUGAGGAUGCGCUCGCGCAUCUCCGCCAGCUGAGGCUUGAGAAAAUCAGGCGUCAACUCGCCGCUUCUCGCAAACAAUCAACGAUUUGUCAAGCUUUGCGGUAUCAAAUCUUAUCCUUGCAAACUUUCAAGUCUCUGAUUGGACGUCCCAUGGUCGAAGCCAUUAAUAACUUGCAGAAGAGACCGAUCCUGGAAGACCCGUCUAUCAGAGACCUAGAGACCCUGGCGCUUGAUCAGACUUUCUCGUUGAUUCCAAAUGAGAUACGAUCAUUCGUCCCCUACUUCAAAAGAAGUGCGCCGACAUUCGAGGAGACACGAGCUAAAUUGGAAACAUGGUCCCGAGAAAGCCUACGAACAUUUUCUGAGGCAUUGCACCAUUGCCUUCCUGCAAUGGACCAGAUAGCCGAAGUGCUAGAGUUGCGAACAGAGCUUUACACCAUUCUCUUAGCUUCUUAUUUUUCAACGCCCGCUGGGUCAGACAUCAAGGAACAGAUCGCCCAGGCGCUGAAUGAGAAAUUGGACGAUAUUUGCCGCAAUCAAAGUGCCCGCCUGGGUCACAUCACGACGCUGCUGCUCGACAAACUUGGCGUCAACAAGUCCACAAAACCAUUAUGGGAUUCAGAGCUUGCGCUGUCAAAUCUAGAAGCCGGAGGAACCAGACUCAUUACAAGAGUCAGAGAACGACAUGAAGGUCGGAACGUGGCAUUGUCCAAAGCUUCAAGGUCAUUGAAUGAAUGGAUUGGCAGUACGAACAGCGCAUUCGACCAAUUUAACGAAAUCACAAAAAUCAGAUGGAGAGACAUUGUUGAAGAGCCCGAGGAGGAGAAUGAAGACGAUGCAUCUGAAUUGAUCACAGAGCUGUGCGAAACCGAGUCAAGGAUGUACUGCAACAAUUUGCAAGACGCAUUGCAGAAGGCGAUACUGGAAUACGAGAUGGGUAUCACCGAGAUUGCAACUCAAGUGGUUGAGGAGCCAAAGACCGUAUCUCAUGCUGUGACCUUGUUGCGCAUCAUCAGACUCUCAAUGACGGGUUUACACCAUGCAUUUCCAGAACAGGCAAAAUUCGGGAAGCUCCCUGAAAUUAUCCACAGACUGCAUCAGGUCGUGGCUAAGGAAGUCAGUCUGCAAUUGACGGCAUCAAGAGAAGGCAAGCGAAAGUCAAUGAAAUGGGGCAAGGACAUGUUACCUGAAAACAUGCCCUCACCGUGUGCAUUCUCGACUUUGCGACAACUUUGCAAGAUAAUGCUAGAGAUCGGUGGGACCGAUUUAUGGUCCCUUCCCGUGGUUGAACUGAUCAAAGAGGCUGUUCGUUCUCAUAUCUUCAGACCAGAGUCGAAGUGCUGGUAUAUGGAGAAUGAGUUUGACGAGGGAUAUCUCAGUAUUGCGUUGGGGCAUGAUGAGACGGCCGCGGCGAGGGACAAAGAGAUGCUGAAGUCUGCAUCUGAGUACUGGACGAGGACAAAGACUUUAUUCGGCGUGCUUGCCUAA